UUAGGGCUUGUUCUGGUUCCUUUGCAGAAAUUGCUACUCAAUCUUUGAAUCUUGUCCACUCUGAAAUGGGUACCGUUCGAACUAUCACAAUCACAAAAAUCCCAGAGCCAAAAAAAAAAAAAAAUCAUUUGGUCCAGCCUGAAACAGCUUUCUACAUCAUAAGUUGUUACGUUCACAACCACUUGAUUCAAUGCACUGAUAUGGACGAGGCUGAUACUUCUAAUGAAGGUUCCAACAGGAAAGUUUACGAUUUAGAACUUGUUCGCCCAACUAAUUUGACCACUGACUACUUGUAAUUUCUUCAAUUCACAAUUUCCACAGUGCACGUUUUCUACAUCGUUACCGGUCCCUCCCCAACAAAAGAAGAAAUUGUGGACAAAUCUGGUCUGGGAGCUCAUUCACCGCGAAAUUCUUAAUGAAAAUCUGAACUAGAUUCAUGCUGACACGUUGGCGUCAUCUUCUCUCUCUCAUUUAUAAGUCCCAAGGCCGGUCACUUCUUCCAUCUACCUUUUAUUCAGCUUAGCCGGCUUGAACGAUCCUUGCUUUCUUCUUAUCUGCCGGUAGGCCUUCGUAGCGGUCGUGAGGGUUGAGCAUAGAACUUCUGUUAUUUGUUUCCUGGUUGGGGAAUUUGAAUUCGGAACAUGGAGCAUUCGAUUUUUCUCCAGGAUGCCCUUGUUACCGCGCGGCUCUGUUCUGCUCCUGCCACCACCUCCGCCUCCUCCACCGCGCUUCGUCAUCAUCUGCCUUGCCUUCUCUCGUCCUCCCGCGAAAGACCUCCCUCCUUUGCACGUUCUCUGUCUCAACGCCUCAAUGCCUCCGACCGUGUUCCUAGGUUUCGUAUGCCCCUUGCUGUUGGUGGAAGCGGCGCUUUGAUGGCCAAUUCCGUGCCGCCAAAAAAUGUUGUCCAUACAGUGGGUGAUUUUAUGACAAAAAAGGAGAAUUUACAUGUAGUAAAGCCUAACACAACUGUUGAUGAAGCAUUGGAGAUCCUUGUUGAGAACAGAGUCACUGGUUUUCCUGUGAUUGAUGAUGACUGGAAAUUGGUUGGUUUAGUUUCUGACUAUGACUUGUUAGCAUUGGACUCCAUAUCAGGGAGUGGAAGAGCUGAUACAAGCAUGUUUCCUGAAGUUGAUAGCACUUGGAAGACAUUCAAUGAGAUACAGAAGUUGCUCAGCAAGACCAAUGGGAAAGUAGUAGGUGAUGUGAUGACACCUGCACCCCUUGUUGUUUAUGAAAGCACCAAUCUUGAAGAUGCUGCCAGGUUAUUGCUUGAAACAAAAUACCGACGACUUCCUGUAGUUGAUAGUGAUGGUAAGCUGGUUGGAAUUAUUACGAGGGGAAAUGUUGUUAUACGAGCUCUCCAGAUAAAACGUGAAAUUGAGAAGACAACAUAAACUCGAUCCAAUCUGGAGUUUGAUGAAAUUAGCGAGUUUCUUUAACACAAUGGACUUCCUUGUGGGUUGUUGUCCCAUAUUUUUGUUGGGCCAACUAUAGGCAUGCUGAGAAGAGGUUAGGUGGUCGUCGCCAGUUUUGGCUCCAAUACAUGCUGUAUUAUUAACUGCGGGGAUUUUGCCCGGUCUUCGAUUAUAAUAUUACGACUCUCUCUCUCUCUCUCUCUCUCUCAAUAGCAGAUUAGCAGGUGUAUUCUGUCGUUUUGGUCAAGGUUCAAAAUAUCGAUACAAUAGGGAUAUAUCGGCCUGUAUGGAGGUUCAUUUCUCUCUUUUUUUUCGUUUUUUAAAAUCUGUUUAAAGCCUAUCUAUCUCGUGAACCGGGUUAAACCCUGAAACACUCUCUGUAAAAAUGCAUCGAAAAGCUCCCGAUACAAUAUGUAUCGAAAUUCGAACCUUGGUUUUGAUUA